AUGGCGCAUAUGAACGAGGAAAAGCUCCUUCGAUUUCCUGUCGAAGAUGAAGAGAUGCUGGAUGAACAUUUACGUGACAUUUUCUUGAAAAACUCCGACACAUCAAAUGAGCUACUAAGCCAUGUGACUGCUAUCGGUGUCACAAGUGCUAGUGAGUUCGCAAGGCCGAUGCGCAGCAGUGAUCCUAGAAGGGAAAGCUUCAGUAAGUGA